AUGUUGUUCCUGUUUGCAGGCGUGGGCGGGCUGCGCGACGUGUCGGUGAACAUCCCGCUGGCGGUGGCUCCCGGGGACACGGUCAAGCUCACCUGCCUGUACGACCUGGAGGGCGACCCCCUGUACACCGUCAAGUGGUACAAGGGCCGCCAGGAGUUCUUCCGAUACGUGCCAAAGGAGCUGCCGCACACCCGCGUCUUCCCGCUGCCCGGCGUCAACGUCGAUAUCGGGCAGUCGAACGCCCACCAGGUGGUCCUGCGGGACGUGCAGCUGGAGCUGGCGGGCAAGUACCGCUGCGAGGUGUCGGCCGACGCGCCCUCCUUCCACACGCAGGUCGUCGCCAGCCACAUGCACGUCGUCUACCAGCCGGAGGGAGAGCCUCGGAUGUUCGUGGAGAAACCGCGCUACGCCGUCGGCGACACGCUUCGCGCCAACUGCUCGGCGCCCGCCUCCAGCCCGCCCGUCAACCUCACCUGGUUCCUCAACGACCGCAAGAUAAACGAGACGUUCCUGGAGCGGCACGAGGUGCGGACUUCCGCCGCGGCGGCCCCCGGCUCUGCAUCUGGCAGCGGUGGGGGCGGCGUGCAGCCCGCGUCCGUGGCGGGUGGCGCCCCCCAGCAGCAGCAGCAGCAGCAGCAGCCGCAGCAGCAGACGCGCUACGUCACGGUGAUCGGCCUGGAGAUGGACGUGGGCAGCGACGCGUUCCGCGGCGGCAAGCUGCGGCUGGCGUGCCGCGGCGCGCUGUUCGGCCUCUACCGCCAGCAGGCGCUGCGCGUCAUCGACGAGGAGCGGCCGCGGCUCGCCUCCGUCCUGGGCACGCGCGAGUCCUCCGCCACGGGAGUGUAUGUGUUGCACACCUUGGAUGGGGAGCAGACCGAACCCGUCAGCUUCAGUUUGAUAGAGCUUCUGACCAGCCCUGAAUUGAUUAUGGAUCGGAACACAGUAUGUGUGGAUAUUAUAGACUACAAUACCUUAAGGUUGGCGGAGCCUACGGGACUACAUAUCUUAUACCGCUGGCUGGUCGCGGGGAGCGCCGAAGUGGGAAAAGUUCCAGCCGGGAACAACUUGGGAGGCGCGCAAACAACGCGCUGGAGCGGCUGCUGGAGGCUGGAGUCUGAGAAAGGGAGCAAGCAGUCAGAGCAGGGGGCGAACGGCGCCUCCAGCAGCUAG